CUAAACACAGUCACGAUGAAGCUAGGCUCUGUCUUCAUGAGCUGGACACUCUACCUUUCUCCUGUGAUGCUCUGGGCAGCUCUGACGUUACUUGCUGCCAAUCUUGAGACUCUGCAGUGUGAUGGACCCAUCAGCACCAGGGAGAGCAGCUGCCACACUGAUGCUGACCCAAGAGACGAUGACUACGAAAUCAAAGCCUACACUUUCAGCGAACCCUUCCAUCUGAUUGUGUCCUACGACUGGCUGAUCCUCCAAAGUCCAUCCAACCACCUAUUUGAAGGGGACCCACUGGUUCUGCGCUGCCGAGCGUGGCAAGACUGGCCACUGACUCAGGUCACCUUCUACCGAGAUGGCUCAGCUCUGGGUCCCCCCGGGCCCAACAAGGACUUCUCCAUUGCCGCGGUGCAAAAGGCAGACAGUGGGCGCUACCACUGCAGUGGUGUCUUCAGGAGCCCUGGUCCUGGAAGUCCAGAGACAGCAGCUGCCGUGGCGAUCACAGUCCAAGAACUGUUUCCUGCCCCGGUUCUCCAAGCUGCACCUUCUGGGCCUCAAGACGGAAGCCUGAUGACCUUGAGCUGUCAGACAAAGCUGCCCCCGCAGAAGUCAGCCACCCGCCUCCUCUUCUCCUUCUACAAGGAUGGAAAGCCAAUGCGCAGCAGGGGCCGCUCCUCAGAAUUCCAGAUCCCCAUAACUGCAGAAGAGCACUCUGGGACCUACUGGUGUGAGGCAGCCACUGAGGACAACCAAGUUCAGAAGCAGAGCCCCCAGCUGGAGAUGAGGGUGCAUGCUCCCUCCGGCUCCGCUGCACCCCCCACCUUGAAUCCAGCUCCGCAGAAAUCAGCCGCUCCAGAAACUACUCCCACCGAGCCCCCUGGGCCUCCGCCUCCACAGCCAACCCCUGCUUCUGAGGAUUCGGGCUUCUCCUCUCCUCUGAGGGCUCCAGACCCCCAUCUGUAUCACCGGAUGGGCCUUCUUCUCCAGCACAUUCAGGAUGUGAGAGCUCUCCUCGGUCAUCUGGUCAUAGAGCUGAGGGACUUGUCUGGCCACCUGAAGCCCGGGGCCACAAAAGCUCCUGCAAAAUAA